UGUUUUUUCCCUUAUCUGACUGGUUGUCAUACUCAGGUGUCUUUCCAAUGUUGAAACAUGAGGGUGUGGUUAUAGCAGGAAGAUAAUUAACAAGAACUGUGCCUGUUUUAUUUGAGCACAUUCAACGCCAUCAGCCACAGGACCUGCUGAUACAGCAUCACUAGAUGGCGUACUCCACACAAACACUAGCUGCAGGCUGCUUUGGGAAAGUAUACAAGGAGAAGUAUGGAGACACAUGGGCUGCUGUGAAGAGAGUUCCUCUUAGCCACAUCAGCAGACAACAGCUGGAGAGAGAAUGCAAAGUCUAUCAUAACGCUCGGCAUCACAAUGUGGUAAAGCUUCUCGGUGAUCCUUGGCUAAAAGACUCCAAGUGGAAUAUUCCUUUGGAGUUCAUCUUUGGGGAGGAUCUUGAGACGACCAUCUUCAAAGUUCAGCUUUCUAAAAUACAGCUGACGCCAGCAGUGAGAGCCAUAAUCAUCACUGGUAUGUGUGAAGGUUUACUUUAUCUGCACAGUAAAGACAUCGUCCACCAAGACCUCAAACCUGACAACAUCAUGGUGGAGCAUCAAACCCAUCGUGCCGUGAUCAUUGAUUUGGGACUGGCUAAAUUCUUUAGAAAUGGACUCAGCUCUGCAGUAAACUUGGGCAAUGAAGCGUACUCGGCUCCAGAGAUCCUGCAGAUGAGUGGAGUUCGUGACAAGCGAUCAGACGUUUGGGCCAUGGGUAAAAUCAUAGCUGAACUCUGCGCCAGGGUCAGGUUACCCACCCAAUCUGUGUCUGCCAUCAAGAUUCGUGAAACUCUCAAAGACCAGCCGUACUCUAUUGCAGUGUCCAAGAUGGUGGAAGUCAAUCCCAAUAACAGAACUACAAUGGCUGGAGUCAUCGCAGACAUCAGGAGAGCUGGUUCAGCUCAACAGACAGACAUCAGACCAAGAGACAUCCAGAGAGACAUUACAAGAGACCUACCAAGAGACAUCCCAAGAGACUUCCAUAGAGACCUCCCAAGAGACUUCCAAAGAGACAUCCCAAGAGACUUCCCAAGAGACUUCCAAAGGGACAUUACAAGAGACAUCACAGUGGCACAUGGAAAUGAAAUCAGGCCAAAUCAAAUGUUGUGUCCACCAGCAGCUCCUGUUAAUAAGAUGGAGGGGAGAAGAUCUCCUUUGUUAUAUUAUCGACAGGAUCCACCUCCACAAAGAGAGAUGGGAAAGGCAUUAGUCCCGGUUAAAGGUCAGGCUUUAAACAAUCAGCUGUCUCUGAUGUCAUUUCCUUGCCCUCUCCCAGAAACCGGAAAAGUGACGCAGGAACGCUACAUCGAGGGGAAAGGAGCUCUAGAAUAUAAAGAGAUCAUCACGAAGGGAGGGAGAAUCGUUAAAUAUGAGAAAGUGCAAAUAACCAAAGAGUCUUAAAAAUAACACUUGUGUUAGGAAAAAAAAAAUGUUGUGUUGUUACAUUGAUUUUACAUUGGUGAUGUUUUUUUAAAGAAAGCACUGGCUGGUGACACUAUCAAAUUUUUAUUUUAGGUUUUUGUCAUUGUUAAUAUCCUGUUUAUGUUCAUUCAUUAUGGCCAUUGAUGUAAAGUACAAACACUUAAAAUAUAAAAAAAAUCUGUUUUUUUUGUACUUUUUCCUAUGUCUAAUAAUUUGUAGUAUAUCACACAGUGUAUUGAGGAUGCUGAAAUUAGUGUGUUAAUUGACGAAUACACUACUCAAAAUCUACCAAUACUGACAAGACUUUGAAAAGUUGUGAAAACGCAUGUGUUAUAUUUAUAGAACCAAACAGCAGGUAUGAACUAGAGGCCUGUUGCAUGAAGCUAGUUGAACAAAUUCUGAGUUUCAGAGUAGGUUUAGAGUUGACAGAUCCAUAUAAAUCCAACCUGGUUUAGAUCAGGAUCAGCAGUCUCACAACGCUCGGUAUAAACUUUCCCUAUCAACUCAGGUUUAAUCCAGAGUUUGCAAUUAAUUCUGAGGCAGUUUGAUUCACUUCUUGCGAGAGCCAGCUGCUGAAGAUUAAGAGAUCAUUAUGAAAAAUAACAUGAAAUUAAACACAUCUACAAGGAAGGAAUAAACUGCUGUUGCAUCGAAAGUUUGAGAAGGCAGCUGAAAGAAAAUAUGACUAUAUUACAAAGUUUAAUAUUAAUUGUAAACUAAUAUAAUUAUUGUAUAAAUAUAUAUCAAUUAUACAUAAUUACAAUUUAUAUAAUAUAAAUAUAAAUAAUUUGCAGCAAAAGAGCAAUUUUGUCUCUGACUUUCUUUCACUCUAAACUUUAAUUUGGAGCAAGAGAUACAGGGGGAGUAGCUUUAUUGCAUCAGAUAUGUGUCACUUCACUCGCAGCUGGUCCAGUUUGGGUUUGCGAUCUCUAACCCAGAAUAAAAUCUGCUCCAGAGCAGGUUAGCCAUGUAGCGUAAGUUGGUGAUAAAACCCACUAAAAGCCAAUCCACCUUCUUGAGCCUGAAAAAACAGAGCUUCCUCAAACUAAUUUUGAACUUACCUGGAGUGCUUUUUCUUAGUGUCUGUUUCCAUAGUAAAUCAUUGAUUUGUCGCUCUGUUCAGAACAGUGGCAGCUCAUCAGGGGAGGCAAGGGAGGCACAGCCUACCCAAAAUUGAGGAGAAAAUGGGAGAAAGAUUGUUAUUGUUGAUUGAAUGUUAAUAAAAUUCCCAGUUAUUCGUUUCA